AGCCCAUUGUUUGCGUCAAUCAGCGAUAUUAUCCUCAGUGACUUCAAACCUGGCCUCCAAAAAUCGCUUUCCCCUGCUCUGAAUGGGGCUCGCCAGCUGAGCAAACACAGGCUCAUGGCCAGCACCAACUUUGCUUACAGAUGACAAAGAAAUUCUAGGAUUGAAGGCCAGGUUGGGACUUUGCGUUCGGGCAUGAGAUCAUCCUGCCAACGGCUUUCCUUAUUGGACCACUCUCUUUCUGGAUCAGAGGCCAAGAUGGAGGCCCCCCUCGAGAAGGCUCUAGAAGUGAUGAUUGGCACUUUCCACAAAUAUUCGGGCAAGGACGGCAACAAAUAUAAGCUCAGCAAGGCCGAGAUGCGGGAACUGCUUCUUCGGGAGAUGCCUGCUUUUGUCCCGGGGAAGAUCGACGAACCCGGUUUUGAAUAUAUGAUGAAGAAACUCGACAGCAACAAGGACGAGGAGCUGGAUUUCCAGGAGUAUUCCGUCUUCUUAGCAAUCGCUGCUUCCCUCUGCAAUGAGUUCUUCCAAGAGUGUGCUGAUGAGAGCAACCGGAAGAGAUGAGGCUGAUGUUUAUAACUCUUUGGCCUUAAACCCUCUGACAAGGCCCAGUCUGGGGGCAAAGAUGUGCAGUAAAUAAAGAUGUCUGACAGAA